CAGUGCCGGGGGAGGAGUGAGAAAGAGGGAGGGGGAGAGCCUUUUCUUCACAGAGAGGGGGAUGGCUUUUUCUUCUUCUUCUUCUUCUUCUUCUUCUUCCUCCCUUCUCUCUCCUCUCUUCUAAAGGGUAUGGCCUUCUACUGAACCUGAAGUUUUUCCCCUCAAUUUCUUCACCUUUUCGAGUUCUCACGGUCCGGAUCUCCGCUUUCUUCCCCUCAAAUUAUUGAGCUUUUCCUCUGGGGUUGGGGAUCUUCUUUUGGUGCGUGUUGGUCGAUGAUUUGUGGCAGUCAAUCUUUCACACCUGUUUUGGGUCUCUGGGUUCUCCUGAUUUGACCCUUUUGAAGCUUCAGCAGGAAGAGUGAAGGAGGAAGAUUGGUCGUCUUUUCUCAUGAUGUUCUUUGGAGUGAUGAUGGAAAUGAGCGUCUUUUGACCGCAGAAAGCUAUUAUUAUUUUGUUAGAUAAAGCAGGUUGCUGAAGGAAGAAACUGAGCGUGUGUUGGUGUUCAGCACAGGGUAGAGAGAGAGAGAGAGAGAGAGAGAGAGAGAGGAAGAGGGAGGGAGAGUGUGGCUGUGGAUGAGAGAGAGAGAGAAUUGGGGCACAGUUCAGCUCUGCAACCCCGACUGUUGAUACAAAUGCAAUGUGCUUAGUUGGGUGUUGAAGAUUUUCCGUUUUUGGGUGUUUGAUUGUUUAGGGUUUUGAAGAUGCCUCUGUAUCAGCCUUCCAGGAGGGAAGUGAUUGCUGGGGGGUAUGAGGACGGGCAGGUUUUAGAUCUGGACACCGCGGUCAAAGAUGGGGUCCUCGGCAGUUUGACCGGCGGUGCUGUGGGGGUGCCGGGCUGUGGUGGCGGCGGCGGAGGCCCCGAGAAACUGGAUCUGAGGAGAAUGAUCGAGGAGCUCGAUCUAUCGGAGGUCCCUUCAGUGUUCAUCUGCCCGAUUUCGCUCGAACCAAUGCAGGACCCGGUGACCCUUUGCACCGGUCAGACCUACGAGAAGUCGAACAUCCUCAAAUGGUUCAGCCUCGGGCACCUGACCUGUCCCACCACGAUGCAGGAGCUGUGGGACGAAUCAGUUACCCCGAACAGGACCCUGUACCACCUAAUCUACACCUGGUUCCAUCACAAGUACUUGCUGAUGAAGAAGCGUUCUGAGGAUGUCCAGGGUCGGGCGGGCGAGCUGAUUGAGACCUUGAAGAAGGUGAAGGGCCAGGCAAGGGUUCAUGCGCUCAAGGAGCUGAGGCAGCUCGUGGGGACUCAUGUGACUGCCAGGACGGCGGUCGUGGACAAUGGUGGGGUCACUGUCGUCUCCGGGCUACUUGGCCGUUUCACUUCCCAUGCCGUGGGGUCUGAGUCUGUCGCGAUCCUUGUUGGCCUAGAUCUUGACUCUGAGGCCCGGACGAAUCUAAUGCAGCCUGCGAAGGUCUCCCUCAUUGUGGACAUGCUGAAUGAGGGGUCGAUUGAGACGAAGAUCAACUGCACCAAGUUGAUUGGAACUCUGAUGGAGGAGAAGGAUUUUAGGUCGGAGAUCCUAUCGAGUCACAGUUUGUUGGUUGGGCUAAUGAGGCUUGUGAAGGAUCGGAGGCACAGUAAUGGGAUUCUUCCUGGUCUCACCCUCCUUAAAACUAUUUGCCUGCACAAGCAAGUCCUCAGCCUGUUCGUGAGCAUUGGGGUGGUUCCCCAAUUGGUUGAUUUGUUGCCCAGCUUAGAUCCCGAUUGCUUGGAACUAGCCCUUUUCAUAUUGGAUACUCUAUCAUCUCUGCCCGAAGGUACGUCGGCUUUAAAGGAUUGUCCGAACACAAUUCCAAACAUGGUGAGGCUCCUAAUGAGGGUCUCAGAGAGCUGUACUCAAUACGCAUUAUCAAUACUGUGGGCCCUCUGCAAUCUAGCGCCGGAGGAUUGUUCUUUUACUGCGGUAGAUGCCGGUUUAGCUGCGAAGCUCCUCCUCGUUAUACAGAGUGGGUGUGACCCCACAUUGAAGCAGCGGUCUGCGGAGCUCUUAAAGCUUUGCAGCUUAAAUUAUUCAGACACGAUAUUCAUCUCGAAGUGCAAGCUCACAAGGACGUUCCAGUGAAAGAGAAGGAUUGAUCAGCUUCCUGUUUGCUACUGUAAUUUUACACUGGGACGUGACUCAGUGACUGUGAGAGCUUGCGGUAAGAUGGACGCAACUCUGAUGAGGACUCUGCUGCCAGGGGUUUGAGGUAUAGACUUGCAAGCUCCCCUGUAAGUAACAAAGCAUUUAAUUAUCAGCCAGUUGAUUUAACAAACGAUGAAGGAUCAUGACUUCGAAAUCCAUAAUUGUGCCUGGAGCUGGUCCAUGUCCCGGUGUCCUGCAUUGGAAACGGCCUGAUUGAUUUUUGAAUAAGCCCCUCGAAGAAGAGAAGCGAAAUGCUCGACAGUCGUGAAAGGAAUUGUUUAAGGGAGGAACUUAUCACCAGACUGUAUGCGGAGCUUGUGAAUUGCAAUUGUAAUUGUUAAGGGCUGCCCUGCUCCGUUGGCUCCCUUCUGUUUGCAAGUUUCUUCCUUCAAAUGUGGGGUCAGAGGCCUCCAUUUUUUUUUUCCUGUUCGGAGGGAAUUUUGCUUUAAAAAUGCAAUUGUAGAGAGAAAGAGAGAGAGAGAGAGAGGAGUGCCGAUGACAUUUGGUUGUCCAUUCAAUGUUGAUAAUGCAAUGAAUCAUUUGAAUAUUUCUUCCUA